AUGAACGGGAUCCCUCACUCUCAAUUGGCACCUCUGCCGACUCAGGUGCCCUUCCGGAUUGUCUCUCCCACCAUCGGCUCGGGUGCAUACGCAUGUAUCAAGAAAGCCGCUCCUCUCAGCGCCGACAAUCCCGUCUUUGCCGUCAAGUUCAUCAACAAACACUUCGCUCAGAAGUAUGGCCGUAUCAAACAAAAGCAGCUCGAGAUGGAAAUAUCAUUACACAAGCACAUCGGCCUCCACAAGAAUAUCAUUGAGUUUUACGACCAUGGCCAUGACCCGGCCUGGGUUUGGAUAGCAAUGGAACUGGCUGAAGGAGGCGACCUGUUUGACAAGAUCGAAGCCGAUGCCGGGGUUGCUGAAGAUAUUGCACAUGUCUAUUUCACGCAACUCGUUAGUGCGAUGGGCUACAUGCAUUCUAAAGGCGUGGCUCAUCGGGAUAUCAAACCGGAAAACGUCCUUCUAUCUGCGGAUGGAGACCUUAAGAUUGCAGAUUUCGGGAUGGCCUGCCUAUUUGAAUACCACGGCCGGACGAAACUGGCGACGACGUUGUGCGGGAGUCCGCCUUAUGUUGCUCCGGAGGUUCUGUCGUGUGGCACACAAGCCGGCACGAAAGGAAGUGGGUACGCCGCCAACAUGGCGGACAUCUGGUCUUGUGGAGUUGUCUUGUUCGUCUUGCUUGCAGGAAAUACCCCUUGGAGUAGACCAGUCGAGGGCCGUGACGAGUACGGGAGACUGAACGACUUCAGCGAGUAUGUCCAGAGCAACGGGAAGCCGUCAGAUGAGCUGUGGGACUCGCUUCCACUGGAGGUACUAUCCCUCCUCCGUGGUAUGAUGAGAGUCGAUGUCAAAACGCGGUUCUCCCUUGAGGACGUCCGCCGGCAUCCUUGGUUUACAAGACCGAACAGAUUUAUGGAUCAAAAAGGUCGACUGAAAGACCCGAUCACUAUGGCCACGAACAUGUUUGAAGCCCUCCAUGUCAGCUUUGAUGCAGAUCCAUUUGCAGGGACCCAGAGAAGUCGCAAUUUAGAUGCAACGGAAAUUGAUGGAAAUCUGCGAAGCAGGUUCUCAUCAACUCAGCCAGAAAUGCCUGCAGAAGAUAUGCUGUUCGACUGGGACCGACCGAAGCACUUUGCGAUGGCAAGCACUCAGAUAGGAGCAGGUCGGACGUCGGCGACACAGUCGAUGUCAACAGCACAAUAUCUUGAAGACGAGCCUUCCAUGUCACAGUUUCAGCCGCACCCUAGCGUCCCUCUGAGCCGGACACAGAUGGCUCGGCGAUUUCAUGACAUUUUGCCCUCUUCAGGCCUGACCAAAUUCUAUUCCGGUUGGACGCUGAAUCUCCUCGUGCCCCAUGUCCUAGAGGCUUUGAGCCGACUAGGGGUGCCGACUCCAAAUAUUCCUCGGCCUACGGCUCAAGACUAUGAGUGUGUAGUCAAGGUGAAAACGCAAGAUAGUCGCGGGUGUCCUUUGAGCGGCAACAUCGCGAUGGAGACGGUCAGUGAGGGACUGAUAGAGAUCUGUUUUGUGAAGGCUUCAGGCGACCCCUUGGAGUGGAGGAGGAUUUUCAAGCGGAUGGCAGUGCUGUGUCAGGACGCAGUCGUCAAGCCAGAGUUUUGA